UUCUCGGACGAUCACAAGUCUUGAAAUCGAUCUAUAAACAUGGCAAAUAAAGCACUCAUUCUGCUCGCUGUCGUCCUGUGCGCCCAGGCCGUCUUCGGUGUCACCAUCAUCACCAAGUCGCAGUGGGGCGGUCGUUCAGCCACCGGCAAAACCACUCUGGCCAACUCGUUGAGCUAUGCCGUGAUCCAUCACACCGCUGGAAACUACUGCAGCACCAGGACCGCCUGCGAGACUCAGCUGCGCAACAUCCAGAGCUACCACAUGGACAGCUUGGGCUGGGCUGAUAUUGGUUACAACUUCCUCAUCGGUGGUGAUGGCAAUGUCUACGAGGGUCGCGGCUGGAAUACCGUUGGUGCCCAUGCCACCAACUGGAACUCCAAGUCCAUCGGCAUCUCCUUCCUGGGCAACUACAACACCGACACGAUCACCUCAGCUCAGAUCACCGCCGCCAAGGGUCUCCUUGCCGAUGCCGUCUCCCGCGGACAGAUCAUCUCCGGCUACACUCUGUACGGUCAUCGUCAGGUCGGCUCCACCGAGUGCCCCGGCACCAACAUCUGGAACGAGAUCCGCACCUGGGCUAACUGGAAGGCCUAACUCAGUUCAUCGAGUUCAACUUUCGAGUACUUUUUCAACUGCUGCAAAAUAAAAUUUCUUAAAAAUACAAUACACAUAACGUAUUCAAUUGCA